UAGGAGUUGAGUUGAGCUGAAUGCUGUCCCAUCAGUGCAAGUCAAGGCACAUAGCGCAAACCACUGCCUGGAGGUAAAGACGCUGCGCACAGCCCGUGGAGAAGAAGCCGUUUGGAGGCGUCUGAUCACUGAUGCCCUGUGAAUGCAAAGGGAACACAUCGUCUGACGGACCUGCUACGUGUAUGUGUGCAAACUCCAGUUUGGAGCUAGAAGUCUGGUUCAGUGCGCGCUGCUAGAGCUCUUUGGCGCUAAAGGAAGCCGACGGCAUAGAGGCAAGAGGUCUCGCUUGUGGACUAUCACACGAUGCGGAAUCUCUGAGGUGGCAGUAACUUUACUCCUCAGACCACUUGACGCUUCACUUGGCUGUUACUAAAGGGUUAGCCCAUGAGCCGAUAUUCCUUUGCGUGUGAUUCUGUUUUCACCCAGACUUCUGCUGCCUGGACAAAUGCAUACAAAUGCAUUUAGGAGCUCAACGGAGAAGGAGUGGACACGUUUCCGCGGCAGCAACGUGGAACUUUUUCCUGCUCCUGUCAGUAUGCUCUGCAGCACUCUCUGGAGGAGACGACAACCUAGCUCAAAGAGUGGAUAUCCUCUAUCAACUUGGGCUCACAGUUCAGAGUAUAACAGACAAUCCAUACGAAAAAACUGCCAAACCUUCAACCACAUAUACCAUUCUUCCCUCUCCUAUAAAUCUCCCAUUUUCAGGAAAUGGAGUAAUAUUAAACUCACACUCUCUUUAUGAGGUUCCUGUGAGCAGUCUUUUUCCUUCAGAGUUUGCUGAAGAGUUUUCUGUUGUUCUAAGUCUAAGCUCCUGGCGAGCAAACAACGCUUUUAUUUUCAGUGUUAGAGAUGGCAGGGACAAGCUACGUUUUGGCGUUCAGCUUCUGCCGCACAGAGUGGUGGUCUACACAGCAGAGAAGACGGCCAUCUAUUUUACGUAUAACUUGGAUGAUGGGCGUCAGCGCCCUUUUGCGAUUGGUGUUCGUGCACGCUCAGUGUCCUUCUAUUCGGACUGUGGAGCAGUUCAUCAGUGGGAGCAAACCUUAGGAAGGUCUCAGACACUUAGGAAUUCUGGUGGUCUGUUCAGUUUGGGGAGAAAGAAUCCCAAAGCUGCACUAUUUGAUGGUCAAAUCUGCCAAUUAGAUAUAUAUCCCUCGGCCCAAGCUGCUGCACACUAUUGCAACUACCUUAGAAAACAGUGCCGUCUGGCUGACACAUACCGAUCGUCUCGGGCACAUCAUGGUUUGACUAUGGAAGCAAAAGAUAGCUCCUCUAAUACAGUAACCAUGCCCUCUCUUGGAACACCAAAUAGUCAUCAAAUGCUUAUAAAUUCCAAGGAGACAGAAACCUCUGACAAUGUGGUAAAAAAUGAUUCAACCUCAAGCCCAAUAUCAGAAGCUCAUUUGGAAGAAAGCCAAAUUUCUACAUUUGAAACCCUUUUGAAAUCUACUAUUUCCUCAGUUAAGGUUGACAGAACAGUUCCAGAUACUCACAGUGGGAAACCAGCUCCGGAUUUCACCAUAACCGUAACUACAUCUCAAAACACUUUGUCCAAGGAGCCGAUACGCCAAGGGGAGCUUCAUGAAAUUGAGAACAUCAAGGAGAUGAAGAGCAGCACUGUGGGCCAGCAGCCAACCGAUGCCACUCUAGGCCAGAAUUCUCUGGUGACACAAAGUAAUGUAAAGGACCCAGGACUCCGGACCACUUCCAGAACCAACUCUGAGGACUACAGCUUUGAGCCUCAAGAGGCCAAGCAGCACAUAGAGAUUCAUCCAAUGGAUGCCACUUUGUAUCAUGAAAAUAAUGUAGACUCCUUGGAGCAACAUCAACUGGAUGGCAGCUAUGAUGAGAGUGAUGUGGGUAGAUAUGAUUAUGGUUAUGAAGAAGUAGACCUCUUGUAUGACUAUGAAGACAGCUUUCGUGGCCCCAAAGGAGAGCCAGGUCUUCCAGGUCCUCCUGGUCCCCCUGGUUUACCUGGGCCUCAAGGAGCUAGAGGCUCUAGGGGACCUGACGGUCAGCAAGGAAAGCCUGGAUCAGCUGGACCACCUGGACCCAAGGGUGAAAAGGGAGACCCAGGACUGUCUCCAGGCCAAGCUUCGCCAGGAGAAAAGGGUCACAAAGGUUCACCGGGUCUGGUUGGCCCUGUUGGAUUUCCAGGUUUGCAGGGUCCCAAAGGACAUCCUGGACCUCCUGGGCUGCCAGGAGAACAAGGCAUACCAGGACUUCCUGGGGAAGCUGGGUUGGCAGGUUACCCUGGCAGGCAGGGUGCUGCUGGUCCAGAAGGUAACCUGGGGCCUAAGGGAAUUCGUGGUUUUAUUGGAAUUGCUGGUGUUGCUGGGCCACCAGGACUCGAAGGAGACAGAGGCAUACCUGGUCCUCCUGGAAAUCCUGGUCCAAAAGGAAGACACGGCGUUGUGGGUGAUGUUGGUGAACGGGGGCCUACUGGUCCUGAUGGCAGUGAGGGGCCUGUUGGUGGGACUGGUAUUGCCGGCUUUCCAGGUCUCAGGGGGGACCUUGGCCCUGAGGGUCCUCGAGGACUCCCUGGUGUGGUCGGAUCAAAGGGACCAGCCGGACGAGCUGGCCUGCCUGGAUUGAAAGGUGAUAAGGGUGAAGUGGGACUACAGGGUGAAACAGGAGAAAAGGGUUUCCAGGGUGAUAAGGGUGCUCCUGGUGCAACUGGUCCUCCUGGUCCAAGAGGAAAACCUGGACCGCCGGGCAGAAUUGGAGAAGUUGGGCUUCAAGGCUUACAAGGACCACCGGGACCAGAGGGUUUUCCAGGAGACAUUGGUGUACCUGGGCCCAAUGGGCCACCUGGACCUAAGGGUUUGCAAGGCGCUAGAGGUCUUGAAGGCCCGCUAGGGCCAAUGGGAAUGCAGGGUGAAGAAGGACCACUUGGCCCAUCUGGUAAUCCCGGUGCAAAUGGCCGACCUGGAAGGAAAGGCUACAUAGGUGAACCUGGUCCAGAUGGUCUCCCAGGAGAAAAGGGAGACAUUGGAAAUCUUGGAAAAAUCGGAGCACAAGGUCCAGUAGGCCUCAUAGGUAUAGCUGGCGUGAUUGGAGGUCCUGGUGAAAAGGGUGAUCGUGGUCCAACAGGUCCAACGGGUCCCGCAGGAGAGAAAGGGCCACAAGGAUAUCCAGGGUUGCCUGGGAGUCCUGGUGACAUCGGCAUGCAAGGUGCACCAGGUCUACAGGGGCAGCCUGGGAGUCCCGGCAGUGCUGGUACAAAGGGCCGUAGGGGGCCUCGAGGUCCUGAUGGCCCAGUGGGAGAAACUGGCCCUGAUGGCACCAAGGGCAACGUUGGUGAUAUUGGGAUAAAAGGAGAAACGGGAUUCAUAGGCAAAGUUGGCAUUCAAGGAGAAAGAGGCCUCCCUGGGAACCCUGGUAAACCAGGUAUUCCAGGAAGUAGAGGGGAGAGGGGACCCUACGGUGAGACUGGACCCAGAGGACCUCCUGGCGAGGCAGGACCUGAUGGAGAGCCAGGACCUGAUGGUGCACCUGGCUUAGAGGGCGAACCAGGUGCCAUUGGAGAGCCAGGGUUAAAGGGUGAUGCUGGAUCUCCAGGAGACGUAGGAGAGGAGGGACAAGAUGGAAUUAAAGGCACACCUGGUCUGCCUGGUGAAGAUGGUCCUCAGGGUAAUGAUGGACCCAAGGGUGAGCCUGGUGAGAGGGGGCCAGCAGGAGAGCCUGGGGACAAAGGAACUGAAGGUGUCCCAGGACCCGCAGGGCCACCUGGACAACCUGGGAAACAGGGCUUCCGUGGGCCAGAAGGAAAACUAGGGUCCCCAGGAAACAGGGGACGCAAUGGAAAGAAGGGUGAGAGAGGUCCCACUGGUCUUGUUGGUGAACCUGGAGACCGUGGCGACAUUGGCGUACCUGGCGAGACCGCACCCAAAGGCGUCAGAGGAACCCGAGGGCCUCCUGGUCGCCCUGGCAUCAUGGGUAUGGAAGGGCAACCAGGAUUGGCAGGAUACACAGGUCAUCCUGGUAAGCAGGGGCCCAUUGGACCUCCAGGGCCUAAAGGUGAAAAGGGUUUUCCAGGCGAAGAUAAUAAGACCCCAGGACCACCAGGGCCCUUAGGUGAACCAGGGGCACCAGGAGAGAGGGGAGAUCGUGGAGAGCCAGGAGAUGAAGGAUAUCAGGGACACAUCGGUAUCACUGGAUCUCGUGGGGCUGUGGGACCACCGGGCCUACCUGGAUCACCAGGUAUGACAGGAAUGCCAGGUCCUAAAGGAGAGAUGGGAGCUCUGGGCACAGCAGGAAAGAAAGGAUCAAGGGGGUUGAAUGGAGCUCCUGGAGUUGAAGGGCCAUUGGGUUUACCUGGACCCAAAGGCAUGAAGGGUUACCCCGGAACUGAUGGUCCUUCAGGACUCACUGGCUUACCAGGAUUACCGGGAAAACAAGGACGACAGGGCGAGCGAGGCUUGAUAGGACCGGUGGGUCCUGCUGGACGUCCAGGUCCUCAGGGAAGUGUUGGACUCCCAGGAUCACCUGGAGAACCUGGGACACCUGGGCAAAAGGGGGUGAUUGGCCUUCCAGGAGAUCGGGGAUUACAAGGUCUCAGAGGGAUGGAAGGGGCUACAGGUGACCAGGGCAUGACGGGUGAGACAGGACCCAAAGGGCAACCAGGUGAACCAGGUCAUCCAGGGAUGCCUGGUUUGCAGGGAUUCCCAGGUCCAAAGGGUCCUAACGGUGAUGUGGGAUUAAAAGGUUUCCUUGGUCCUAAGGGCCCGAUGGGCUCUCUGGGAUUCACUGGACCAGUCGGGCCUGAAGGAAAGAUUGGCCCAAUGGGAAAACCCGGAGCACGGGGUCCAAGAGGAAGCAGUGGUGAAAUGGGGCCCCAAGGACCACAAGGAAAUCCAGGACCCAGAGGCCCACCUGGUGCUCCAGGCCCUACAAGGCAACUAUAUGAUGACUCAGAAUCCUACAGUGUGUCUGACUCUAACACUGCCUACGGAAAAGAGCAUUUUCAAAACACUGAUGUGAGCCUGCCAGACCAGAAUUCAGAAAUUUUCAAGACCUUACAUUACCUGAGCAGUGUUAUUGAAAGCAUCAAAAAGCCUCUGGGAACCAGAGAGAACCCAACUCGUGUCUGUAAAGACCUGCUGGACUGUCAUCACAAGCUAAAAGAUGGGUGGUUCUGGAUUGAUCCAAACCUUGGCUGCACUUCAGAUGCUUUUCAGGUCUUUUGCAACUUCACUGCUGGGGGUCACACCUGUUUACAUCCACUGGCCACUAAUAAGAUGGUGUUUGGUGUUGGGAAAGUCCAAAUGAAGUUUCUCCAUUUAUUGAGUUCUGAGGCCAGCCAUAGCAUCACACUCCAUUGCCUAACGGAUCAUUCCAACAACACCGCAGACGGCUUCAGAGCUCCUGGCCACAUGCCAAAAGAGAGCAGCAAUUUUCGGUUUCGAGGCUGGAACAAUCAAAUGUUUGAGACUGACACACUACUUGAACCAUAUUUGCUACAAGAUGAGUGCAAGAUCCAAGACGGCAGCUGGCAUCAGUCACGAUUUUUCUUCCAUACUCAGGAGAGUCACCAGCUACCUAUUGUUGACAUAGAGGAUAAUCCCGCUGCAGGUCCCAAUGUUCAACAACAUAUUGAAGUCGGUCCUGUCUGCUUCCUUUGAAGCUACGUUUUCCGCCCUAUUAUCUAUGUACUUCUUGUUUGGCUUGGUGUCAACCAAAUGCUUUUACACAAAAGACACGUUUUAAAACUUCACAUUCUUUAUUUUUUAAGAUUAUAUGAGGAAAAAAUCUGCCAGUAUGUGGUUAGUAACAGAUUGAAAAAACCCACUUAAUCUGGACCAUGACCACUCAUGCCAACGUAUAAUAAGUAAAGCUGUAUUUACUGAAUAUAUUUGUAAAGUUUAUUUCAUUGUUAAUCAAAUGGUGCUCAGGUUAGCUGUAUACAGUAUAGGGAUACAUAUUUCCCCCAAAUUACAUGGUUAGGCCUCCCUAUGCCAAUCAAACCCCUAAAGGCACCUUCCCUCGCCUCAGACACAUCUAGACAAUCAUACACAGUGGCCCAACGAAGGAGAGUGCAAGACCUGUUAAUAGGAGCACUGCAUCACUAAAGAUCUACUAUAUGAGUGCAAUAGCAUGUGUAUGUUAUAAAAUCAUUUUCCUUCAAAGGCUAUAACGACAUUAUUAUCGUGAUAUUUUAUUUUUAGUCCUACGCAGUCGGACCUGCUCAUCUUGACGGAUGGUGCUCUACCUCUUACAUUGCUUUCUAGAAUGGUUUCACUUGGUUUUGCCUUUGUUGCCUUUAUGUAUGUACCGGUUACAUCAAGGUUUAUGUUGUAAAAGUACUUAUGUUGAGUUGGUCGCUUUUAAUUUAUAAACCAUUAUUUAGUGUGCUACAUAAUAAUGUAGCUUUGCUUAUAUGUGGUAGGUUCUUCAGGAGAAUCCUAUCAUCGGUGCUGCAACAAAGAAUGCGUCAUCAUUAGAUUUUUGCCUUUCCUGUGUACUGUAUAUUUUGCCAUCAUACUGUAUGUUAAUUUAUAUUCCAUUUUGUUUAAUUUUUCACAAUACGGUACAACAGUAGAUUAUACUCUCAGAGACCUCUGGGUUUGUCCACACUUAUAGAAGUAUUUAUAUGUUCAUUUGGUGUUUUUCUAUGUUCGCACCUUCAACUGUAUAUUUAUCAUUCUGUUACUGGUACUUCAAUUUAUUCAGUGGACUGGCAGCUACAAUGAGCCAGAGUCAGAAAUCGAAUAAACACCGUUGAUAAUUCUUAAUUUAUAUUCCUUUGAACAAAUUAUGAUUAUAUGAAUUCUUUGGAUGAAAAUAAACUUGGGUGCAAAUGUGUAAAUAAGAAUU